AUGACAUCGACACAGGAUCGCCCCCCAUCGAGCCCCGUGCCGGGGGGCUCGCUCGAACAGGACCUCGCCUACUACAAGUCGCAGUAUGAGCAGCUCGAGAGCGAGCUGCAGGACUUCCAGGCCUCCAGCCGCGAGCUGGAGUCGGAGCUGGAGAAGGACAUCGAGGCGUCGGAGAAGCGCGAGCGCCAGCUGAAGGAGAAGCUGGAGGCCAUGGGCUUCGAGGUCGAGGAGUGGAAGGCCAAGUACAAGCAGUCCAAGACCGAAGCCAAUGGAGCGCAAAAUGCCCUCCAGAAGGAGAUUACCACGCUCCGCGAGACCAACCGCUCCAUGCAGCUCCGCCUGCGCGACAUCGAGGUCGCCAACGACGACUUCGAGCGCCAGGCACGGAACCAGACCUCGUCGUUAGAAGACCUCGAGCAGAAGUACAACAUCUCCAUCGAGCGCGGCGUCAUGCUCGAGGAGGAGAUCAAGGCAGGGGAACAGGAGCGUGAGGAACUGCGGAUAGAGAACCAGCGGUUGCGUGACGAGCUUGCCGAUAUCUCCAUCGAAGCCGACAUCGUCAAAGAGAAGCUUCGCGUCGCCGAAGAUACCAUCUCCCGUCAUCGUGCCGAGAAGACUCACGCCCUCGUCACUGCCGACCACGGCAGGUCGCGGUCGCCUGUGUCGGAGACGUCGACUUCGGCUACGACCGUGUCGUCGCCUACCACCUCCACACCGCCACCGACGAAGUCCAACCGCACCAGCGCCACAACUCCACCAUCCCCCAACUUUGCGGAGUUCAUGGAUCGCUCCAAGGAUAUGCGUGGCGUCGCGUCCCAGCGUAAAGGCUCCAUCGCCUUCCACGACAACACGCCACGUCCCAGAGACUUUGGCCCACAGCGCACGCGGCACAAUCGGGCCCCGUCGAUGCCCUGGAGUUCGGCGAGUGGACGCUCCUCACCUACACGGGCACGCAGACCUACUCAAGGCCAUUCGUACAAGCCUAGCCGUGAUGGGGCCCUCCCUCGCUCGGGCUCCUUGUAUCAGAUUCGUGGGCUGAUUGGCAAGAUGCAGAAGCUCGAGGCCCGCGUCCACAACGUGCGCAGCAAGCUACCUGCACCUACCAACACGCCGCCACGCGCCAGCCCUCGCGGUGGCAGCGCUCAGAGCAACCACUCGCACAUGCCAUCCAACGUCACGGUCCGCUCAGCCGGUAGGCAACGGACCAGCGGAAGCACUAACAGCUCUGUCAAGGACGGCGAGGACAACAACACCAUGGGUGUCUCGAGGUUGAACUUUGGUGCAUCCGUGGCGAAGACUAACAGCAUCUCGGGCUUCAUGAGCGCCCCCAGCGACACGCUGAGUGCCAGCAGCCGUCCCACCAGCCGCGGCAGCGAGCGCAGUGGAGUUAGCGGCGUCAGCAACGGCUACGGUCGCCCCAUCUCCCGUGGCAGCGGCCGGCCUCCGUCACGCAACAGUCAGGGUCGUGGCACCCCGCUAGGCCACUUCUCCACUAACAACACAACCGAAGCCCGCCGCCCGCGCACCAGCGCUGCCAACUCGAGUUUCUGGAACAAUGACAGAUAUGGCGGCCCCGCCCGGCCAAUGACACGCACCAGGGCCAACACCCGCUCUCAGUUCGACGAUCUCGAUGAGCCCGGGUCGACCCGCGAGUCCACACCGAUCACUCGCAAGCACGACUUCAGCCGCAGUGUUGGCUCAAACACCUCGGGCAUUCCCACCCCGAACGGUCUCGGCACCGGCAUUCCCACUCCCUCUGGUCUACCAAGGAGAAAGAGCGUGUCGGCCGCCAAGAGCCGCAGGCCAAGCAUCGACCAGGGUGUGGGCAUCCCGCCGGUGCCCCCGAUUCUACGGGCCCACACCAGGCAAUUGAGCGAAGUCGGAGAGACUUGGUAA